UGUUAUGUGAGCCAUGGACUCAGCCCAGUAAUAUUGACAAAAGGGUGAAAAUAUAUUUCCCCAGAUUAAACACUGUCUACAGCAAGAGAAGGAAAAAAGAAAACAGAUCUGGUGUAAACAAGUGAUUUCUUUCAUAAAUAGGGAAUGUGAUUGACUCCACUUAAUAUUUUUAUACAUCCGAAUUUUGUUAUUAAUGGGACUCAGAGGAUUAUUUCGUUAGAAGGUAAAAGGCACUCGUGGGUUUGUCUGUCAAAAAAAAAAAAAAAAAAGGCCAAGAUAGCUUUUCUGCUGUUUUGCCGCUACUUGGAGAGGCUACUUGUACGCGAUUGGAAGCAUUUUAGUUUAAUAUCGUCUAAUAGAGGAUAACAACUUGCCACAGUAUUCGUUCCGGACAACAGAGGAUCAAGCAGGGCUAUGUCCUCGGCAGCCACCACACCUCCAUCUGUGGACAAAGUGGACGGAUUUUCACGGAAGUCUGUCAGGAAGGCCAAGCAGAAGCGAUCGCAGAGUUCGUCCCAAUUCCGGUCUCAGGGCAAACCCAUCGAGCUCACGCCCUUGCCCCUGCUCAAGGACGUGCCGGCGCCGGAGCAGCCGGAGCUGUUCCUGAAGAAGCUGCAGCAGUGCUGUACUGUGUUUGACUUCAUGGACACUCUGUCUGACCUGAAGAUGAAAGAGUACAAGCGCUCCACGCUCAAUGAGCUGGUGGACUAUGUCACCGUCAGCAGGGGCUACCUGACGGAACAGGCCUACCCGGAGGUCGUCAAAAUGGUCUCUUACAACAUAUUCCGGACCCUUCCGCCCACUGACAGUAAUGAGUUUGACCCAGAGGAGGAUGAACCCACACUCGAGGCCUCAUGGCCACACUUACAGCUGGUGUAUGAGUUCUUCAUACGAUUCUUGGAGAGUCAGGAAUUCCAGCCCAGCAUUGCCAAAAAGUACAUAGACCAGAAAUUCGUUCUACAGCUCUUGGAGCUUUUUGACAGUGAGGACCCACGGGAGAGAGACUACCUGAAAACAGUCUUACACAGAAUCUACGGGAAAUUCCUGGGCCUGAGGGCUUUUAUACGAAAACAGAUAAAUAAUAUUUUUCUACGUUUUGUUUAUGAGACUGAGCACUUCAACGGGGUUGCUGAGUUGCUGGAAAUCUUGGGAAGCAUAAUCAAUGGUUUUGCCCUGCCGCUCAAAGCAGAGCAUAAACAGUUUCUGGUCAAAGUGUUGAUCCCCCUCCACACUGUCAGGAGUCUGUCCCUCUUCCACGCACAGUUGGCGUAUUGCAUUGUACAGUUCCUAGAGAAAGACCCAGCGUUAACAGAACCAGUCAUCAGGGGCUUACUGAAGUUCUGGCCAAAAACCUGCAGUCAAAAAGAGGUGAUGUACCUGGGGGAGCUGGAGGAGAUCCUAGACGUGAUCGAGCCAACACAGUUCGUCAAGAUCCAGGAGCCGCUCUUCAAACAGAUCUCCAGAUGCGUAUCCAGCCCACACUUCCAGGUGGCAGAGAGGGCCCUGUACUACUGGAACAACGAGUACAUCAUGAGUCUGAUCGAGGAGAACUCCAGCGUUAUCCUGCCCAUCAUGUUCGCCAGCCUCUACAGGAUCUCCAAAGAGCACUGGAACCCGGCGAUAGUGGCGUUGGUGUACAACGUACUGAAAGCCUUCAUGGAGAUGAACAGUACCUUGUUUGAUGAGCUCACAGCAACUUACAAGUCAGACCGCCAGCGUGAAAAGAAGAAGGAGAAGGAGAGGGAGGAGCUUUGGAAGAAGCUGGAGGACCUCGAACUGAAGAAGGGCCUUAGGCGUGACGGGAUCAUUCCCACUUAACGAAGCGCCACACUCCCCUCCCAUCCAUGUCCACCGGAGUGCACCCCGCGGAUCCUAUACGGCCAUCUGGAAUGACAUGGAGCAACCGUGUUUUUUUUUUUUUUUUCUGUAUUGUGCGACUUACUUUACGGUAGAUUCACACGUCUGUUUCAUUAUUUCAACAGCACUGUAAAUAACUUUUCUUUUUUCCGUAAACUGCUAUUAUUGCGAAAGAAAAAAUAAUAAAAAUGGUCAAAAAAAUCCAAAAGACGAGAAACGGAACUUGUGUGGGGGUAAAAAAAAAGACUUUGGACAGUAAGACUUGAAAUGAACUCUUCUUGGGAAAAAAAUUAACAGUGAAAAGAAAAUAGAUUGUUUUAACUCCCCUCCCAUUUGAGAACCCCACUCUCCCUGAUUACAAACCUAUUUUCCAUCUCUGGUUCUACUCCUUGCUCUUUCUAUAUCUCCCUCUCUCUGUCCCUUUCACCCUGUGGUGCUUCUGUACCUCUCUCCCUGUGUGGGACGUCCUGACUGAGUGAGAUACCUGGGAGGCUCCGCCCUGACCAAGAGGAUACCCCUUCCCUCUGUAAGGACCACCCACUGACCUGCCUCUCAUGCUGAAGCUAAGCUGGUAUUACGGACCCAUUAGCCAUGAGGAAAUGAAUUUAACCUCUCGACCCCUCCAAGAGGCAAACAUGUUAAGGGCCUGUAUGUACAGGGACUAAAAUAAAAAAACAAGGGAAGGUCAUACACACACUUACAUCCAUCCUCUCACACCAUUUUCUCCCCACUUCCACAUUUGUUUCUUUUCACUUGUGUGUGUGCAUCUGACUCCCCAAUGAUUUGAUUGGUUUCUGUCAGUUCAGUUGUCUCUGGUUUUGUGGACUUUGACCCUGUAGUCCCAGGCAGCCUGGUAUCAGUCUGGCACUGGUACCCUCCAGCCACACACGAAAAUAUGAAAAAUGUAAAGCUAUUGUGAGCUGUAGAGGAGCACCAAACUCGCCUGUUGUGAAAAGGAGCGUCACUCCCGGGUGUGCUUUUCACAGUAUUACAAACCUGUAUAUUGUUAUUGAACGCAGUACACUGAUAUCUUGUAUCUUGUAGUAGUUUAGCAUAUCUUUGCUUAGGAACAGUCAAGAAGUAUUCAGUAUAUGAGGUAAUAUGGAACAAGACUAUCUGGUAUUUAUGAUAGUGUUUUACCCGUUUCCUUCUUGGUUUUUAUUUCUCAUUUUGGAUUUUUUUAUGUUACUUUGACCAUCAGAUCUUUUUUAAUUGUGGAGUGGGGAAGGGCAGGGCAGAGAGAGGGGAGUCAUGGAGCAGUUCAUAUCCUGUUAAAAUUUACAGUAAGUUCAGCAUUGUUGACCCCUUACAGAAUUAAUGUGUGCUUUAGGAUGGCCCAGACAUAUGAAGAAAAAGAAGAAAAAAAAGGGUUGAAGAAAUACAAAUGUUUAUUUUAAAAAAUAAAAAUAUUAAUUUAAA